GGCAACAUCACAUCUCCCACACACACUCCUCUACUACUCAAACCCUCCACUCCUGCCACCAUGCUAGGCAACUUCUCAAAUGCUGUCUUCCCAGGAUGCUACUGGGGCAGCUAUGGCUACCCUCUGGGGUACAGUGUGGGCUGUGGCUAUGGUAGCACCUACACCCCUGUGGGCUAUGGUUUUGGCUAUGGUUACAACGGCUGUGGGGCCUUCAGGUACAGGAGAUACUGGCCCUACACUCUCUACUAAUGGACUGCAGCUCCAGAUGCCUGGAACCUUCCCUCCUGAGGUCGACAAGCACAUCUCCUGUCCCUUCUUUAAUCAGCACCUCCAGUCUUCUUGGUUUUCCACCAGCCUUUCAGAAUCCUAGUGCCAGCAUCCGAAGGUAGAAAAUGAAUAACCAGAGGACAACUUCGGUCUUCAUUGUGGAAGGCGUUUUGCUGCCAUGUUUUCAGGAACUUGGAUUCUUUCCACUUUUUUUUACCUUGCUGCUGAGCCUUGGAAUGAUAAAGUUGUGACUGCCUCUAUCAAAUUCUCAAUAAACUUGUGUCAACCAGCAUAA